UCUUAAUGAUUAUAGACAGAUUUUACAACAUAUGAUAGAAAAUUUAUAAAAGAGCUACAUGAUUAAUAUAGCCUUCUUGGCAUUGCUCGAGGCCCCCAAAUUUCCCGGGGCCCUAAGCAAAUCCACCCCUCCAUAUUUGAUAAAUUAAUUUGCUCUCUUAAAAUGUCAAAAAACAAAAGCAUACAGAAGUGCUUUACAUGAACAGUUAUGUUUUUAUUCAUGUAGUCGUGCAACAAAGUAACCCAAUGCCAUUGAAAUCCCUGAGGGUUCAUCUGUAGGUCCUGCGUGACCUCUCGUCUCACUGGAGUCCACCGCCUGACCAGCAGGGGCUGCAGAAUGGAGCAUCUCUGAAUGAGAGGAACUUUUGGUUCCUCCCCGCACCGCUACUGCACUCCGGCGGACACUACAGUCGGAUGAGCGCGGGUGUUUGUCCGCUGCUGUGCGCUUCUGAACAAAUUUCUUUGAAGUUAUUCCUAUGUUUCAAAGGGCAAACAAACUAUUUUUGCUUGUUGGUCGUUCUCUUGCUGACCACACUCUGUGAGUCGAAACUGCAACUGAUGCUGGACAGAAAAUGACUUUUGCGGGAACGGAGUCGGUGUGAGUUUACAUACAACGACUUUGCUGGCUGUGCAGUAUGUGGUGGGAUGGACGAGGAUGAGCAGAACCGCUAUGUGGCCCAGCUGAAGGAUGAAUUUGACAGCUGUGACACCACUGGUACGGGUUACCUCGACAAAGAGGAGCUCACUGCUCUAUGCCACAAGCUCAGCCUAGAUGCCCAUCUGCCUUUGCUGCUGGACACUCUUCUAGGACCACAACAUUAUGCCAGGGUGAAUUUUGAGGAGUUUAAAGAGGGCUUUGUGGCUGUGUUGUCAAGGUCGCUGGACUUCAGUACUUCAGAGGAGGAGAGCAGCUAUCUUGAACCAGCUGUCCCAGAGGAGGUGAAGCCUAAAUAUGUGAAAGGAACCAAAAGGUACGGGCGACGCUCACGGCCAGACAAGACUGACUUAAAGCUGACAGCAGACUCAGAUUCACUGCCAUUUGGGACUGAUAAAGUGGAAGCAAAUGGUGUGAGGAGAGCCAAGCUCAGACGCUCCACCUCACUGGAGAGUGUUGAGAGUCUCAAAUCAGAUGAAGACACAGGAAGCAACAAAGAGUCCACACACCACUAUUUUGUGGCACAAGGCCAGCUGAAGCUCUGGAAUCAAGAUGGCACAGGAAAUUGUCAACGCUCAUCUGACAAUCAGCAGGAAGUGACAGACGGGCAGGUGAGGGCAGUUUGGGAAGAUCUGGGGGUCGGAGCUGCCGGAUCACUAAACCGUGAGGAGCUUUCACUCGUCUGUGAUCACAUCGGACUUAAGCAUUUAGAGGCUGAGGUACUACUAUCACCUAAAUUAUGGAGGAUUCAUAAUCAUCACAUGCUGCAUGAGUUAGACGCUCUCUUCAGGAAACUGGACAAGGAUCAGGAUGGAAAAGUCAGUCUCAUUGAGUUUCAGAGCGGCCUGUUCAAACCACAUGAUCAUGCUUCACCCCUCUCUACCUCCACCCCUGCACGGCCCAAACCACUGCGCACCAUCUCAAAGGCUCUUGAGGAACGUGUGGUGCGUUCCACUUCCCCUUCUUUAUUAUCGGCUACUGUGGGUCAGAGGCUGUUGACCCGACUGGAUGAUGGAUCGGGAUGCACAAGCCCAGAAAAAGUCAUGGCUCUCUGGACGGAGGAGGGCAUUCACAACAGCAGGGAUAUCCUACAGACUCUGGACUUCUCUCUGGAGGAGCGGCUGUGUCUGGCUGAACUCACUCUGGCUCUGGACAAUGAGUUACUGGUCAGUGGGAAUGGCAUCCAUCAAGCUGCUCUGGUCUCCUACAAGAAUGAGAUUAACUACUUGCAAGUUCUAGCAGACCAAGCCUGUCAAGAGCGGGACAAAGCGAAGGCAGACCUAGAACAGGCUGAUCGCAGAAACCUCCAGCUAGUCCGAGAGGUGGAUGAUCGUCACGCAACCAUGGAGUCUCUUAAUGAGUCUAAAAUCAAGGAUCUGGAGCAAGAGUUCCGGGAUAAGCUUACAGCACUGAGGAGCGAGUCGGAGUAUGAAAGCGAGGUUCUGCUGGAGCAGGUGGAGAAGGAGAGGGAGAGACUACGGGACGAGCUGCAGCUGCUCAGAUCUCAGGACAUCAGCCUUCAGGAGGACAUGUGCACUACUGCUAAUGAGAACAGGCGAUUGGAGGAGGAAGUGAGCGCUCUUAAGGAGAAGCUGACUGAGGCGGAGAGCGCCAUCUCAAAGCUGCAGAAUGAUCUAGAUCGCCUUCUGCAGGACAAGUAUGAUGGCCUGGAUGCAAAUGGCACAGGACUGCUGAAUCAAGAGGAGCAAUUCACAGAGAUCUUCAAGGAGUACGAGCAGCAAUGCAGGGAGUUGCAGGACAGGAAUGACGAGUUAUGCUCCGAGCUGGAGUUAUUGAAGUCUCAGGGCUCCGGAAAGAGAACCAGACUCUCCAGUCGUAGCCUUCCUGCUAACGACUGGUCAAACCGAAGAGCAUUAACUACCGAAUCAGAUUCUGAUGAUCCUGAAAUGAAGAAAGGUACAUCUCCUCAAGUCAGAAAAAAGCUCCAAGUUACUGACAAAAAUGUGUUGGGUUCUUUGGAGAGUUUGGCUCCCCCUGUCAGCAUUGAGACAGAACUGGCCAUGGAGAAGAUGAAAGAGAGAUAUGAGCAAGAGGUUCAGGACUUGAAGAUCCAGCUUGAGACUAAGGUGAAUUUCUAUGAGCGCAGCAUGGAUCUGAUGCGGCAGAACAUGGAGGUUGAGCGGAAGGACAUCUCGCAGUGCUUUAAGAUGGAGAUCAGUGAGCUGGAAGACCUGAAGGCUCGGGCUGAGGAGCGUGCAGAACAGAUGCGUCAGACAACUGAACGGCUGGAAGCAGAGCUGAGGGGUAAGACUUCAGGAGGUGCCUGGGGUCAAGAGCAGGAACAGAGGAUUCAGAGGGAACGGGCGGAACUGGAGCAGAAUUAUGCUCGUGAGAUCAGUAACCUCGUGCUGCGCCUCACUUCAGAGAAAGAUCAGCUGGAGGCAGAACUCAAGCUCAGAAUGGACCAGGAAGUGCUGCUUGUUAGGGAGAAGGCAGAGCAGCAGAUAUUGCACAUGAAGGAACAACACAGUGAGGCUCAGCGCAGCCUGCUGCAUCAACUGCAACUGGAGUGCAGCCGCCUACAGGAGCAAUGCGAGCAACAUUCCAGAGAAGUUGGUGCAUGGGAAUCAAGGGUAAAGGAGCUAGAACAGGAGGCGCGCAGGGAGCGUCUCCUCUGCAACGAGCGCUGGAAUGAAGAGCAGGCUCAGAUCUGCAAUAAAGUGGCUCAGGAAAGAAAGAAACUAGACGAGGAACACCAGGAGGAGAUCACGAAACUAGGAGAACACAUCCAGUUCCUGGAAGCUCAGGUAGAGCUUGCAUCCAGGGCUGAGGAAGAGAUGCUCAUAAUACAAAAGCAGCUAGAAGAUAAGCUGGAGGAGAUGUGCGUUCAGCUGGAAGACAACACCGUUUCCAUGAAAGCUCAGGAUGCCCUCAUUCAGCGUUUGACCUCAGAACUUUAUGCCAAAGACAAAGAAAUUGACAUUAGAAAUGAGAAGGAACAAAAAUUUUGCAAUAAGCUCUCUCAGGUAGAACAAAAGCUUAAAACCGAACGAGAAAAGAAGCAAGAGGUUUUGAAACAAAAAGAGCAACUACAGAAAGAAACGGACAGCAGUAUUCAAGAUCUAAAGGAACAACUAGUAAAAGAAAAAGAGGAGCAGCAGGAGCUUCUAGACAGAAUUUUACAUCUGUCUAAAGAGCUAGAGGACUGGAGGACCAGAUCCGAGACCUGGCAGAAGGAGAUUGAAAUGAUGCAGGGAAGCAGUAGUCAUCUGUCAACUGCAUUUGGAGAACAGCAAAUGCAGCUAAAAGCACAAAGCAAAGAACUUGAGGAGCUUCAAGAGAACUUGGCCAAAACGCACGAGGCUUUGAAAAGCAGAGAUGAUGAUCUCACAAGACAAGCUUCAGAGUUGAAUACUGUGGAAAUUGAGCGAGAUCGACUUGUAGAGGAGCUCAGCUGUCAAUGUGAGGUUCUCAAACAGCUUCAAACACAGGUCGAUAAUCUCUCUGAGGAGUGGGAUCAAAUGCACACAAUGGAGCAAAACCUCCAAGGCUCUCUUCGCGUCGAAGAGAGUAAGGUUGGACAGCUCCAAGCCCAUCUGAUCUCGGAGCAAGAAGAAAGAUGUCACCUUGAACAAAAGAACUUUAAUUACCAGCAACUUAUAAACCAGCUUUCAUCCCAGAUUGUUGAAAUGGAGGCUGAAUCUACCAAACACAAAGAGAAUGCAGGGAAUCUGGCACUGGAGCUCCAAAUCAAGGACAGCCAAAUGCUGGAACUCAAUCAUCAGCUGGAAGCCAAAGCCGAGGAGAUGGAUUUGCUCUGGAAAGAGGUUCAGAUGAAAAUGAGCCUGUUUAAGAAUGUCACUCAACUUUCAUCUCAGGUUCAACUUUUAUCCAAUCAGUUGGAGGAUAAAGAGCAAGAGCUCUGCUCUCUGAGAGAAGAGGCUGACAAUACAACAAAUCAACUGCAGCAGUCUCUGAUGGACUCUCAAACAGAGCUUCAGCAGAUGGAGGAGAUCUUUGAAAGCGAGAAGAGCCAAAUGAAAGAGCAGCUGCUGGAGAUGGAGGAACUUGUCUUGGCUUUAGAAAUGCAGAUGGACCCAACCCGUACCCACAGGGCUCAACUUGAUGAGGUCACUUCGGAAAACUGUGCACUGAAAGACAGGCUAGCUGUCCUGCAGCAGGAUGUCAAGUCACUGGAGGAGGAUGUUAACAACAAGAGGAAGAAACUUGAGGAAAUGGAAAAAGGAUAUAUGAAGAAUCGAGAAGAUGAAGAGAGGCUACGGAAAGAGAAUUCCAAAUGUCGAGAGGAGGUGCUUGACCUCAGUGCGAGAAACCUGCAGCUUAGCAGUGAGAAUGCUGAACUGAGCUCCCGACUGUGUACUGAUCAGAGAGCAGUGCAGACGCUGACAGACAGGCUGGCACAGGUGUGUCAAGAGAGAGAUGCAGCAGCUGUGUCCUCCAAACAGCUGCAGGAAAACCUACAGCAGCAGGAGAACCACGGACUGAGGCUCCAGGAACAGUGGAGGAAAGAGAAGGAGCUCCUAGAGAGGGAACUUCAAACUGCCAAGGAGGCGCUCCAGCAUUUAACCGUUGUUGAAUCUGCACUAACAAGUCAGACUCUGAAAAACAAAUCACUAGAGCAAGACAAGGAGAGUUUGCUAAAGGAAACAGCAGAAAACGACCAGAAGCUCAAGAAGCUUCAGGAGUCUCUUCGCAACUCAGAAACCCAGAUAGAGCAGCUCAACGCCCAGAUACUGACUAUGUGGCAAGAAAAGGAUGUUCAUGUUCAGGAAGCUGCCGCGCAUAUAAAGAUGCUGCAACAGUCUCAGGACAAGGUCCAAGAGCUCGAAGAGAGAAUAAGUCAGCUGCGUAAAGAAAAGGAGCAGGUACAACACACCCACAGGCUUCAGGAGGAGACGGCAGUCAGUGUUCUGCAGAAUGAGUGCAAGAGCCUGCGAGUACAGAACAAGGAGCUUCAAAACAAGGUGGCUCAGCUGCAAUCACAGGAGCUUGAACUUCAGAGACUGACACACGAGUGUCUCACUUUGAGAAAUAAACAAGCAGAGUUGGAGACUGCUAAACAAGAAGCAAAUCAACAGGCAAUGAGGGCAGAGAGCACUCGAUCAAUGGUCCAGGCUCAGCAUACACGUGAGAUACAGGAACUAAAGGAACAGAUGGGGUCUGGUACCCAGGAACAUGCGUCUCUCCUGCAGACUCAACUGGCUGAGCAGCAGCGCAGGACGCGGGAUUUUGAGGAUCUGCUUCGCUCUCAGGCCAAGCAGGCCAGUGUUCAGAUGGGCCUUCAGCAGGAGCAAUAUGAGAAACUGAUGGCGAGUAUGCAGGAGCGUAUGGAUGAGGUUGAGGCCAAGCUGAAAAACACCCGUGUCAUGCUUCAGGAGAAAGUCAACCAGCUGAAAGAACAGCUGGCCAAAAAUUCCAAGUCAGACGUGCUGUUAAAGGACCUUUAUGUGGAAAACUCUCAGCUAAUGAAGGCUCUCCAGGUGACCGAGCAGAGGCAGAAGAGCGCAGAGAAAAAGUCCUUCCUCCUGGAGGAGAAAGUCAUUGCUCUGAAUAAACUCUUACGUAAAAUCGCCCCAGCAUCACUCACAGCUUAGACAUGUCUUAAAAGGGGAUGGUUCAUCCAAAACUUAAAACGGUUUCAUUUGUAUCAAACUUAGUUGACUUUCUUCACAAAAGAAGAAAGCCAGAAAACUGCCUUCAACAAUAGUAUGUUUUUUCCCUACUAUGAGGGUCAAUGGUUACUGGUUUAACAUUUAAAAAAAAAUAUUUUCAGAAAAAAACUAACUAAAAGGUGUGGAAAUGUUCAAUUUUGGGUGAACUAUCCCUCAACAUUAACUAAUUUCUGCACUGGACUGUGAAGUCUCACUCGCUAGUGCACUUUUUUUUUUUCCUUUUGGUGCAAAAUGUUUUUGUAAAAGCAGUAAACAAUCCAAGUGUUAAAUUAAGAGCACAGAUAAUGCACUGUCUUGCAGUAACUAUAAGAGUGCACUGUAUUUAAAUAAUGCUGUUUCAACAGAAUAAGGAGAAUGAAGAGUAAAGAAUUUAAAGGGAUAGUUCACCCAAAAAUGAACAAGGAGUGGUUACACAUCAUUGACUUGUUGCAAAGAAAACCUGUUGAAUUUUGGAAACCUGUAACCAUUGACACAAAACAAAUACGAAGUUACUGGUUUCUUCAAAAUAUCUUCUGUAUUCAACAACGAUCUGAAGGAUGAGUAAAUGACAGAAAUGUUCUAUAUGGGUGAACUGUCUCUUUAAGGCUACAUUGUGUGCCUGCUUCAAGGCCGCUGAAUUUUAAUGAAGAAAAUGGUACAGCAUUUGAUAAUCUAAGAAAUAAGCAUUACACAUUCUUUUGUUUACUGUGAUUUAGGGUAUGAAGCCCAGACAUCCUUGUAAGUAUUUGCUAGUAAAAGACUUCUUUUUAUUGCUGUUUUAAUGCCCAUUUUGGUGCAAUAACCAAAAGCACAGUAUUCACACGAUGUACAGUUUUGAUACAAAUGCUAUAUUUUAAAGGCACAAUCAUGAUGCACUAAAGUCCACUUUGAUAUAAGUUAUUGUAAUUGUUACAGUUGUGUGUCUAAAAGAAGCUGGCUAAAGGUUGGGAGAUGAAAGUGAGACACGGCUGUGGUAAAUGCAUCAUGUAUUUGUUUUUUUUCCAUUGUAAAGAAUGUGACCAAGUAAAGUUUUACCUGUGAACAA